AUGCUCCUGUCAUGUGCAGGAUGCGAGAAACCAAUUAUGGAUCAGUACCUGCUGAAUGUUUUGGACCGAGCAUGGCACGUCGAGUGUGUCCGCUGCUUCGAUUGCAGAACCACGUUGCAGGACAAGUGUUUCUCCAGGGAAGCGAAGCUGUUCUGCAGAGAGGAUUUCUUCAGGCGAUACGGCACGAAAUGCAGCGGUUGCCUCCAAGGGAUAAGCCCUCAGGAUCUCGUGAGGAAGGCGAGGGACAAGGUUUUCCACCUGAAUUGCUUCACCUGCCUGGUGUGUCGGAAGCAGAUGAGCACCGGAGAGGAGCUCUAUGUCCUGGACGACAACAAGUUCGUCUGCAAGCAGGACUACCUGUCGGGCAAGCCGCUGCCGGACACGCAUCACGUGCACGGUCAUCAUGAAUCGUCCAACCUGUCGACAGGAGGAGACUCGUUGAUGGGUUCAGGAUCGUCGGAAGACGAGGACGAGGACGGUAGUGCUCACCAUCAUCACAGUGGUGUCGGUGGCUCUCAUUUGGGGCCUCAUAAUCUGGGUCCAGGUGGUCCCGGUGACCAGACGGUUGGUCACACUGGCGAUCUUCCCCUUGGAAGCGAUCCUUGCAAGCAGGAAGACUCCGAGGAUCAAGGUUCCCUGGAUGGAGAUCCCGAAACGAGGGAUAGCCAAACGGAGAACAAAAGUCCAGACGGUGGUGCCGGUGGUGGUAGCGGAGACGGCGGUGCCGGGUCGAAGAGGCGAGGCCCAAGAACGACCAUAAAGGCGAAACAGUUGGAGAUUCUCAAGUCGGCCUUUUCGUCCACUCCGAAACCCACCAGGCACAUCAGGGAACAAUUAGCGAAAGAGACUGGCUUGCCCAUGAGAGUGAUACAGGUCUGGUUUCAAAAUAAGAGGAGCAAGGAGCGUAGGUUAAAGCAACUGACGUCGAUGGGCAGGAGCCCGUUCUUCGGCGGCUCCAGAAAAAUGAGGGGCUUCCCCCUGAACCUGAAUCCCGGUGCUUUGGGCGGCGAGGACGGACCGCCGCCCGGUUUUCCAUAUUUCGGCGCGGAGAAGUUCGAAUUCGGUUACGGCGGGCCCGUGGCAUUUCACCAUGAAUUCUUUGGUGCUCAUCCGCCCCCUCAUCCACAUGGACCGCCCUUCAGUGGACCAGGCAGUAAUCUGUUUCUGACAGGUUUGGACCCGGCGAGUUUAGCGGGUAUGGCGGCCGCAGUGGCGGUGACAGGGGAAUAUCCACCUCCGGGUGCGGGAGGCGGCCCUCCGGAAUUUCUCACGGGCCCUCCUGGACAGGGGCCCCCUGCACCUCCUGGCGGUAGUCCUGGAGAGUUCCUAGCACCUUCAGGUGGAGCACAGGGUAAUCCCAGUGCCGGUGGGAAUGGUGGCGGUCCAGGUGGCGGCGGCGGCGGGGGUGGGUUCCUGGAGCCGCACCAGAUGCAGAGCGAAGGGCUGGCCUGGUAG